GGCCCGGAGUCGAAUUAGCGUUCUCGCCGCAGAGUUUGGGACCGCUUCAAGUUCAACAAACGAUCGAAGUCGCGAUCACGUGAGAAUGUGUCAGCACUCUGAUGACAUCACCUACUACGACAAGUUUGCUCUCGCCGUAAGCUGCUGCCCGCCCAGAGGGACCGUCGCGACCAUCGCAGCAGCCGAGUCAAAUUAACUCGAACGUCCAAUUUCAGAAUCAUCCAGUGUUGUCGUUUUAUCUCCAUUGCGGGCAUGCUUGACCGGAGAUUCCGAUAUUGGCCAAAGCUGAUGGUAGAAGCCAUCCACGCCACAAGGUGCAUGAGAUGGACCUACAGGCGUGUCCGGUAGAUGACCGACGGCCACUGUUAUGCGUCCACAUUCGGCUCCAUCUGCUCCAACCACAUGCGACCCUCGUUAAAGUGUGGCCUCGAGAUCAUGCUUCCUUCGGUCCACCCUCCGAGUCCGUGCGGGUUUCCAUGAAUGUCACACGACUGUUGUCCGGUUAAUGCUGAUAGUAACACUUCGAAACAGGGCAGGGAAGUUGCGCACAUGGCAGCAUUCACGAGGAAGGCUCCAUGUAUAUAAAAGCGCCUCGCACUUGGAACGGCUAGUCCGCAGCUGUAGCUCGCCUCACACUCGGCCUCAGCUCUUCUCGCUAUGGAAGAAACCAAGACGCAGGGGAGCGACGGUACUCUUGAUCUUGAGAAGGGGAUUCCUCAGGACACUGUCGGCGUCAUCAAUGCCCCGGAGUUCGACGAUCCUAACGCCGACGCCGACGCGAUAGCCACCGAGGAUGAUUCACCCUAUCCUGAGGUCCGCUCCGCCGUUGCGAACACCGACGACCCUACGAUUCCAGUGUCCACGAUCAGGGCUUGGGUGAUUGGUCUCAUUUGGGCCAUCCUCAUCCCUGGCCUCAACCAGUUCUUCUUCUUCCGCUACCCUUCCGUUUCUGUCACUGGAAUCAUCGCGCAGUUGCUCUCCUUGCCCAUCGGUCGUGCAUGGGCGAAGUUCAUGCCGAACUUCAGGAUCUUUGGCUUGGAGCUGAACCCUGGCCCCUUCGGUAUCAAGGAGCACGUCCUCAUCACGAUCAUGGCGUCUGUAGGAUCUGGGAGCGCAUAUGCGACGGACAUUGUGGCUGUCCAGCGAGUCUUUUAUCACCAGCAAUACAACUUUCUGUUCCAAUGGCUUCUGGUGAUGUCUACGCAACUGAUCGGCUUCUCCAUUGGCGGUGUUGCCCGUCGCUUCCUCGUCCAGCCUCCGUCGAUGAUCUGGCCUGCCAACCUUGUGACAUGCGCGUUAUUCAACACUCUGCACGCUUCCGAAUAUGCCGGCGUUGGAACUCGCGGUGGAAUCAGCCGUGAAAAGUUCUUCUACAUCGCACUGGCAUGUUCGUUCAGCUGGUACCUUGUCCCGGGAUAUCUGUUCACCGCAUUGAGCUACUUCUCUUGGGUCUGCUGGAUUGUGCCUGACAACAUUGUGGUCAACCAACUCUUCGGUGUGGAGACUGGCCUGGGGAUGGGCCUCCUCACCUUUGACUGGGCUCAGAUCGCAUACACCGGCUCUCCGCUCGCAACGCCUUGGUGGGCCGAAGCCAAUGUGGCUGUUGGAUUCGUCUUCUUCUUCUGGAUUGUGACGCCUGCGCUGUACUAUUCAAACACCUGGUACAGCAAAUACAUGGCCAUCUCCACCGGCGGAUCGUUCGACAACACUGGCGCACCGUACAAUGUCACAGCCAUCCUCAAUGACGACCUCACCUUCAACGAGGCCAAGUACAAAGCGUACAGCCCACUGAUGCUGUCGACCACCUUUGCUCUUUCCUAUGGCCUGUCGUUUGCCAGCAUCACCGCAACUGUGACCCAUGCCGCACUCUACUUCCGCAAGCAGAUCUGGACGCAGUCGCGGCUCGCAAUGAGCCAACAGCCCGAUAUCCACGCUCGGCUCAUGUCAGUCUAUCCCCAAGUCCCAGAAUGGUGGUAUGGUUGCACGUUUGUCUCCAUGUUCGUCUGUGCGGCAGUGGCUACCCAAGUUUACCACAUCGGCUUCCCAUUCCAGUACUUCAUUCUCGCCCUUGUCAUCGCAUUUGUCUAUAUUAUCCCGAUUGGCAUGAUUCAAGCCAUCACCAACCAACAAGUUGGAUUGAAUGUGAUCACUGAGCUGAUCAUUGGCUACGCUUUGCCCGGACACCCGCUCGCAAUGAUGACCUUCAAGACUUUCGGCUAUAUCACUAUGGCCCAAGCUCUCACAUUUACGUCAGAUUUCAAACUCGGCCACUACAUGAAGAUUCCCCCGAGGACGAUGUUCAACGCGCAGGUGAUCGCGACCGUCAUCGCCGGGACCGUGCAACUUGGCGUACAAGCUUGGAUGUUCACCCACAUCGAAGGCAUGUGCCACGCCGGCCAGAAAGACGGAUUCCGGUGCCCCAGCACCCAGGUUUUCGGCACUGCGAGCAUUAUCUGGGGUGUGAUUGGCCCCGCGAGACAGUUCUCCCCGGGCCAAAUCUACUACGGCCUGACGUUCUUCUUCCUGAUCGGCUUCCUCUGCCCUCUUGGCGCGUGGCUCAUUCACCGCAAGUGGCCCGACAGCUUCAUCCGCUAUGUCAACUUCCCGGUCAUCUUCACCGGGACGGGCUUGAUCCCCCCGGCCAGCGCCAUCAACUACGUGCCCUGGGCGAUCGUGGGAUUCAUUUUCCAGUACGUUAUCCGCAGACGACACUUCAAUUGGUGGACCAAGUACAACUACGUUCUGUCCGCCGCGCUGGAUGGCGGAGUCGCUGUCUCGGCCGUGUUCAUCUUUUUCGUGCUACAGUAUCCCAGAAGCGGCACGAUCGGCGCCAACACCAUCCAGACCUGGGCAGGCAACACUGUCUAUGGCAACACUGCCGAUGCUCGUGGCAUGCCGCUACUCUCGCUUGCGCCGGGAGAGACGUUUGGGCCGUCGACAUGGUAGUUGUUGUGUUGAAUUGUAUUCCGUGUCACAGAUUACGAGCACCAGUACCCCACUCAGUGUACAAUGUAAUGGCAACUUAUGACAUCCCGAUGCAACUUGAGAGAAUAUAUGUAUAGCAUACUG